GUCACGCUGCUGCUGGGUCCACAGUGUGUCAUGGGUCCCUGUACGGCCUCCCAUUGCUGCUGUUUCCAUUGCUCCCACUCUGCCAUGUGCCACUUUCAGGUCUCCUCACACUCCUGCUGGUUUCCAUUUUGUCAUAGGUUGCUGGCAGAUUACAGGCCUCCCAUAGGUGCUGCCAGGCCCCAAAUCUGCCAUGGGCCCCCGUACCCCUCGUCACGCUGCUGCUGGGUCCACAGUGUGUCAUGGGUCCCUGUACGGCCUCCCAUUGCUGCUGUUUCCAUCGCCACACUCUGCCAUGUGCCACUUUCAGGUCUCCUCACACUCCUGCUGGUUUCCAUUUUGUCAUAGGGUGCUGUAUGGCCUCCCAUUGCUGCUGCCUCCACCGCCACACUGUGGCUCCAAACACUGGUUUUGGCCCCGUGACUGCCCAAAUGAGUGAAGUGUGCGGUGAUUCUAAGAUCGACGGCACUCAUCUGCAUGUCAUACUGACUGACAGUAUUAUUUCUCUUCCCCAGCAGACUCCAAGGGCAUUUAAAUUAAAGGUACAGUGUUCUGCACUAAUAUAA